AUACAAAUGCCACCAGAGGAAAUUCCACAACCCAAUAAAAAAUCCCCAAAUGUUUUAGUCGCACAAAAAGUUACUGCAUCGCUGAACGCCAUUGCCAUUGCAAAGCAGAAAGCACUGCAUAAAAACCCCUCAAAAAUCAGCAACCCAAGAAUGUAGGAACCUUAAUCUGCACGAAUCCCGAGGUGACUACCUCAAAGAUUGAUGCUUUCUCCUCGUUUGUGAAUUCAAUCCAUCUGGGUGUCGUCGGAAGUUGUUGAGAUUGAGGUAUGGAGGGCGGGAGAUACGGUGAGGAGCUGGAUGUGGCGGUGAGAGUGGUUCACAUGGCGUGUGCUCUGUGUCAGAGGCUGCAGGAGGGGUUGGUGUCAGGUGGCAGUGGCCUCGUUAAGUCCAAGGACGAUGAUUCUCCUGUGACUGUCGCAGAUUGGAGUGUGCAAGCAACCGUUAGCUGGAUACUGUCUGAGUUCUUUGGGAGUCAAAAUGUAUCCGUUAUUGCUGAAGAAGAUGUACAAACGCUCUCUCAGGCUGACUCAGCGGGUUUGCUGGAAGCUGUUGUAAACACUGUUAAUGAGUGCUUAGCUGGAGCACCCAAGUAUGGUCUUAAAAGUCCACCAAAAUCCCUCAACACUGCUCAAGUUCUUGAGGCUAUCAGCCGAUGCAACUCAGAGGGAGGCCCCAAAGGUAGACAUUGGGUACUUGAUCCUAUUGACGGAACAUUAGGGUUUGUGCGUGGGGAUCAAUAUGCUGUAGCUUUAGCAUUGAUUGAGGAUGGGAAGGUUGUUAUUGGAGUACUUGGGUGCCCUAAUUACCCAAUGAAGAAGGAAUUGCUCAGUUAUCAUUAUCAGUACCAUGAAAACAUGUCAAGGUUGUCUCCACCUUCUGACGAUAUGUGGGAAAGAGGUUGUGUGAUGUAUGCGAGGAGAGGCAGUGGUGAGGCAUGGAUGCAGCCACCAAUCCGUGGGGAUAAGAAGUUUGUGUGGCCGAAUUCUGCAAGACUUGUUCGGGUUUCUUCCAUCGAUGACCCCUCACUGGCCACUAGUUGUGAACCUGUCGAGAAAGCAAAUUCAGACCACUCCUUCACAGCAGGACUUGCUCACAGCGUAGGGCUUAGAAAUCAACCCCUCCGUGUCUAUAGCAUGGUGAAAUAUGCAGCCAUAGCUCGAGGAGAUGCUGAGCUAUUCAUGAAGUUUGCAAGGACUGGAUACAAGGAGAAGAUAUGGGAUCACGCUGCUGGUGUUGUCAUUGUAGAAGAGGCCGGAGGUGUCGUAACUGAUGCUGGAGGGCGUCCCCUGGACUUUUCAAAAGGACCUUACUUAGAAGGACUUGACAGGGGCAUAGUUGUUUGUUCUGGGGCAACACUGCAUGAGAAAAUCAUUGAUGCCGUGUAUGCCAGCUGGAACUCUUCUAAUUUAUGAGGCUUUCUGUUCCAUGCCAACGGACCACAGUGGCAGUAAAUUUUGCAAUUUUGGUAAGGGCAAGCAGUUUGCUGAGAAGGAUUCUUGACGACGUUCAUAUGCUAACGCCAAGGUCAAGUUUAUAGAAGGAAGUAUUUCGUCUGGUGACGUGUUCAACUGAGUUCAGGAAAAUGGCACUGUUAUACUGCCGCUCAAUAGUCAAAUAUUUAUCAGUAAGAUCUUCAAAGUAAAUUUUUUUGCAACAGCAGUGUCAUUUCAAUAAAAUGUCAGUGCAUAUAAAUCACUUUCACUGCAUAGCUGCACCCAGUUGAUGGCUGCUAGGGGUGUAGCAAUUUGGGUUCACAGUUUUGUCUAGCAAUCAGUCUACAGAAAUCAGUUGAUGACCAUUUUGUUGAGCCAAAAAAGAAAUAGAAACAAUUUUUACCGAAAUACUCCUAUUUUUUUUUUUAUGGCAUUACCUUCUAUUGAUGUUUUAAGCUACGAUUUUGCUUAUCCGGUGAACCCAUGAGAUCGCUGUUCAUAUUUAGUCAACUUAGUUGUUUCGGUUUACCCAAACUGUGAUGUCUGCGAGCUGAUUGGCGCCUAAACUGGUAAUUUAGCUGUAUAUUAUGCGCUGGUUUUUUUUUCGUAAUUUUCGCUACAGGAUAGAGUAUCAGUUAGCCUCAGUUGUUAAAUUGAUCUAGCACCUGUUGUUUCCUCCAAAAGCCAGGGAGUGCUGGGUGGCUGUAGCUUGAUGGUCUUGCUAAAGAGCUUAGGCAUAGUCCUCCGGAGUGGAGGCCUUCCUAGUUUUGUUUGUUAGUGUCAUUUUCCGCUCCUCACAUUGGAAGUAAAUAUAUUAGUUCAAAACACUAUCACGGAACUGUUUUUCCUUUUCUGUUUCAGUUUGUUUUGUUACCCUUAUCAGAAUAUUAAUGGAAAAUUCAAGUUUGAUUGGAAA